AUGUCAGGCUGGGAUCAAUACGUAACAAGUUUGACAAGUCAAGGUAUUACACAUGUUGGAAUAUUUGGUGCUGAUGGAUCACGUUGGGCUGCAUCGCCUAAUUUUCCGACAAUCGAUAACCUUAAAGAAGAAUUGCCGAAAGCUUUUUCUUCACAACCAUCAGGCAUUGUAGUGGAUCGUGAAAAAUAUAUUUAUAUUCGUAAUGAUGGCUCUUUUGCUGUCUAUCGAAAAGGUGCUGAUGGAAUGGCUAUUGUUAAAUUAAACCAAGCUUAUAUUGUUUCAAUUGGUAUAAAUCAAAAGCCUGAAACUUUAGUAGGAAAAACGAAUAAGAUCGGUGACUAUUUGAAGUCUUGUGGCUAUUAGUUACAAUCAAAAAUGUUUUUUUUUUGUCCGGCAUAUCAUCUCAUCAUUAGGCGUCAAAAGGAGAAAAAACAUUUUUUUUUUUUUUUUUGUGUGAUUCAUCAUAUUUGUUCCUGUUCUUUUAUGUUAGUCAAUGCUCUGUUUUUUUUUUCUUCUCUCUCUCUUCUACUAUUACUUCAUCAUCUUAUUCUUAAACAGCAUACACUUUUAUAAAAACAAAAACAAAAAAAAAAAAAAAACGAUUGAUCUAAUCAUGAUUUCUUUUUUUUCUUCUCGUCUUUGUAUCAUCCGUACUUAGCGCAUGAAAAACUAUCAUAAGUUUUUAAUUCGACACAUUUUAUUGUUCGUUUAAAUCAUUAUAUGUGAAUGUACGUGCGCUAAUUAACGAAAAACAUAAAAAAACAAAACAAAACAACUAUUAGU